AUGCUUUACUUAAAGGCUUUACCAAGUCAAAGACAAGGCCAAAAACAAAAACUAUAUGAAGUAUGGGUUGCAUUACAUAAGAAGGGUGGCUGGGUCCUUACUGCAAACUGCACAUGCAUGGCCGGACUCGGUUCAGCAUGCAGCCAUGUUGGGGCUCUAUUAUUUAAGCUGCAAGCCAGUGCAUUAUUAGGAAUAAACAAAAUUGCAUGUACAAGUAAACUUUGCGCUUGGAAACGCUCUAGACGAUUCGCAGAACCAGCUCUUAUGACUGAGAUAGACUUCAGCAGACCAAAGCAGAAGCAAACAGUACCCAAAGAAAAAAAAGUUGUGUCGGAUAGAAAGAAGAAGCCUUUUUCUUUCAGGGAUCCCACACAUCUAAAUAAUGAGUUUCAUAAACAAAAAUUAAAAGAACUUUAUACAGUAAAUCCAGAUGCUGCGAUUCUUACUAGCCUAUACAACAAUGAUCCAGAAGAUUUUACAGUUACCAAAAGUUUAAACUGACACUGCUGAUGAAACCGAAUUAAAUAGCAUUCCUGAACCUUUGACAAGCCUUUUUAAGCCACAAUUAAUUAAUAAUAAUCCUGAAGAAAUUCAAUCAGAGUGCAGAGAGCUUUACUACAAAUACAAAAAUGGCUACUGUGACAGUCAGUACAAAAAUUUAACGAAAGUUACAAGAGAACAGCGCUUGUCAACAGCAUGGCAAAUUCAUAGAGCAGGUAGAAUCACAGCAUCUGUCUCAAAAAGAGCAUACAGUUUAAACCUAAAUAAUGAAAAUUCUAAAAAAAUAUUUACAGAAACAAUCAUGCAAUAUUCUACAAAUAUAACUGUAAGAGCACAACAAUACGGUAUUGACAUGGAAGCAACUGCUAGAAAAAAAUUUGUUGAGGUGUUCACAAAAAAUCAUGAAAACCUUAUUGUAAAAGAAACUGGUUUACAUGUGUCAGAAGAAUACCCAUUUAUGGGAGCAUCACGUGAUGCUCUUGUUUUGUGUAAAUGUCACGGCUUAGGCGUUUUAGAAAUAAAAUGUCCUUAUAAAUACAGCUCAGGUUUGGAUGAUGUUGAGUGUGAUAAAACAUUCCCUAUUGAUUCGGAUGGCAACAUGAAAACAAAUCAUCAGUAUUAUUUCCAAAUCCAACAGCAAAUGAUUGUUACAAACAUGCUGCAACUUAUCAAAAAAUCCACUUUGUGUUGUUAUUUCCUUAUCAGAAAUUCGACCACCAUAACCACGUGACAAAAAGCUAACAGCCCCAGCUGGUGUUAUUCCGAUAAGAUAUUUCAUUGUGCAAGUAUUUUUGUAGUUGGACCAUGUUUGUGCACGUGCAUUUAGGUUAUAUGGUCGUUCAGCAAAAAUUUCAGUGCAGUCAAUUAUGCAUGUACAAUUCUGAAAAAUUUUUUUAAAGCUGUUUGGCAAAUGACGUCGCAAGGCUUCUCUAUCAGGCCAUAUUAUUAAAUGGCAUGUCUCUCUAGAUAUGAUAGGGAUCCAUCUACGAUAUAUUCGAGAAGCUACUGUCUCGCUCAAGCCAAAACGAUAAGCUAAAUCUUGUUUAAUAGACCUAGUUUUAGCUUCAUAAGCACCAGCAACAAAUGAUCAUUAUGAGAAAGUUUCUCGCUAAAAUAUCUCACUUUUCUAACAAAUAACGACAGAAACCAUUCAAAUAAAGCAGGCGUGGUAAUCCUAGUAUAAAAAUUCAACAUAUUUUCAGCAACCACAGUAUCAUAAGAAAAUUUGGUGCUUGAAGCAUUUUCUAAAGGUUGAACCACAUCAUUCUUGUUCUAAUAAUUCCACCCUAGCUGCAGAUAACUCUUUUUGAAUGCCUUCUUUUUCCUUUUGGAGACUAAAAAUUUCUUGCUGCAAUUUUUCCAAUGUAACUUUAGUCUGUGAAGAUUUUGUACACAGCUCUGUAUCAUUUUCAACAUUGUCUACACCUGUAUCAAAGUCAGCAUCAGUGUCAGUGUGACUAGAUGUAGAAGACAUCCUUCUUUUUUGUACUCGCUCAAAUCUGUGUAGCUUUUGCUGCUGAAACACUUCUUUUUUGUAUCCGAACAUUGAUGGCACGUAAUCUGGAUGGUGUGGAUCUUUAGAUUUUUCUCCUGGAAUAUAAAAAAUUUUGCUAAGACUUUUUUGUGGCUCAUUUAGUUAUUAUAGAUACUAAAUAGCUAGCUAGGUUAGCUAACAUUAAAGAGUUUAAUUUUAUAUAUCUAGCAGCUAUAUCUAAAUAACUAGCUGGCUAUAUGGAUAACAUUACUUUUGUUGUUAAAAAUUAUUUUUUAUAUAAAAAGGUAUUUUUAUUUACCAGAUAUAAAAUGUUCACUGCAAAUUCUUGAGUUAUCUAUUUGUUUUUCUGUCCAUUUUUCUCUCUUUAUUGCUUGUACCCAAAGUUGACAUAGUUUCUUGCUUUCUUCGUUGUGGCCGAACAGUAUGCGAUAAAAUUUUAAUUUUCAACCUUUUUUUCUUUUAUUGGAGCAGCCUACUGCACAACAAGAAUCAGGCAUUUCUUCAAAUAUAAGUACAAAUCACAACCAGAACCUCUUGUUUUCACUGGCGCUACUAUCCUGCUACCUAGUGCGCAUGCGUUCGGUUCCGUAAACACGCAAUCCAUCUAUGGGCAUGCACACACUUUUGUGUAGGUAAAAAAGCAUGAAUGACACGGUAAAAUGGCUAUUAAUGAAGAUUAAAGAUUUUUUUGGGCAGCACAGGAUCCAAGAAGAACUGAAAUUAAAUUUUAAC